CAUCAAGAGAAUACAAGUGUUUCGACAAUAAAUGAGCGUCGGUAGAUCUACCGUGCGGCCAGGUGCAGCUAGAGCGAGCGUGCCAGGUGCAGCUAGAGCGAGCGUGCCAGGUGCAGCUAGAGCGAGCGUGCCAGGUGCAGCUAGAGCGAGCGUGCCAGGUGCAGCUAGAGCGAGCGUGCCAGGUACUACAUGUAGGUGCUGCAUUCUGUUUGUAGAGGAUUACAUCAUGUAGAUCUACACGGAUCGAAAUCAGUUCCGUCCCUUCGCCUUCGGCCAGUAGAUCUACUCCAUCACUCAUCAGUGACUAUUAAACUAGUUACAACGUCAAGUAAGUUGGUUUGUACAUCGUAAUACCGUUACUUACAACAUCGCGAUACCGGUAAUUGCAAUGAUUAUGUUAUGAGCGCAAGUCCAGCUAGCUACUGCAGAAUAACCACAUGAACGUGUGCAGUAUAUCUACACUGUACUCAGUUGGUGUGUAGCUGCGCGUGUGUGUCGCUUUCCGCCGUUCCGGACACUCACUAGCGUGGUGUAGUGACUAUCAGCUGGAUUCAACUAACGUUUGGGGUGCGUGACACUGAAGGCCACGGAAGGCUUCCGAAGUGAAUGCACAGGACGGCUAAAGGUGAGCAGCAGCUCGAUUGGGCGAUAACCGAAGGGUGACUCGCAGCCCACCCAGCUAGCAAACGUGAACAAAAUACUUGCUCUGAGAUCUACAGCGACCUUGAAACAUGCAAGAAUAAGCGUUUAACUAGCAUACGGAGCGAUGGCCGCCGAGACAGCGGCUGUGGGACAAGGCUGCAGCUCAGGUCGGGUGUUCCUCAGCUGCAGGGAUUGUAUGCCACAAUAUGCUGUGCACUCAAGAUGGUUGAGAUCACGAUCGGAUGACAACGGCAAAGAGAUGUACUUCAUGGACAUGCAGAAGGUUCUAUCAAGUCCGGACAGCUACGAGCAGUUUGUUGAGGACGCUCGCGAUAGCGCGAGCAUGCGUCGAGAUGCUGACGAGGCGAAAAAGAAGUGCUCUUCACCAGUGGUGAUCCCAGAGCAGAGUCAUGGUGACACACCACCACCGGAGGAACUGACCAUCGAUGAACAGUAUUAUCGCUUCAGUGGGCGCAAGGACAUCUUGGAUGAGACCAGCGGCACUCUGGCCCCGGACUUCCGUGCCAAUCGAAGGAUCAUAUUCACGCCAUCGCGUCGGCGGCCAGAGCACGUGUUGGCCUGGCCUGAGAUGACAAGAACACGGACUUUUGGAGUGCUCUUUGUACCCGACGCGCAGCAUGAAGAUUACACCGUCCAGUGUGGCAAGAACUUUCUCAUUCUGUCCAAGAUGGGCGAUCUGGAACAAACUGUGGGCCGUGCUAGAUAUCACAUCAUGAACAUUGCUCGUUUCUGGCAGCUGGAAGACAUGUGGAUGAUCGACGAUAGUGUGCCUAUUCAUGACCUGAAAGCGACCACUUUUUGUCCAUCAACUGGUGUGAGAACAGAGGAGAAUGACACAGUGCUGGACUUUGAGGAAGUUCUAAGUCACGUCGAGUUUAAGUGCAAGAAUUUCAACCCGAACGGUGCCUUGGUUGGCCUUCCAUCAACGGUUUCUGUAUCAAAGUUGCAACGGAGGACACCGCAUGAGUCCAAGGUCCAGAAAAACCAACGUGCUGCAACGUCGUGCGUCUUCCUUCGUUUGAACUUGAUCAGCCCGGAUCUGAACUAUGAUCCACGCCUGCCGUUCAAGGAGGACAUUCUAUUCGCCCAACACCUGUUAGACAGCGGUCUGGAUGUCCUGAUUUACCGAGAUUUCAACUUCAAGGAUAAGCGUCUGGCUAAAGGUGGGUGCGGCGAAGCACCAUACCUACUGGACCAUGCCAGACGGGUGGAGAGGUGCAAGGCUCAAAACCUGACAACACCACUGCAGCAACAGCAACAACGACAACAAAAACAUCAGCAACAGCCCCCUGCGUGGAAUACCAUAUCCUCUCAACUUCCAUUCCCGGCGCCAUGGCAUGCACAUGUACCUAUCCGCGGUCACCCAUCUGUCCUCGGCCCGUCACCAGGUGGUCAAGCCCGGGCUAUGCCUCUAAUGCCAGUGCAUCAUCGACUACCCACACCUCUUCCACCACUCAUACGUCCCGUGUCCAUGGGUCCUCCUCCUCCUCCACCAUUCAUUCUUCCUCCUAUUCAAGGUCAUUCUCGGCACCAGCUCCAUUCUCCCGCAAUGCCAGGCUUUCAACCUGGAAGUACUGGAAAGCCAUGUGUAGCAAAUGCUCUUGCACAACGGCCACCACCUACUGGUAUGCAGAACAUAGCACUGGAUCAUAGAAGUCCAAAUAUUGCGCCACGAUUCCCGGCUGGGCCUGUUUUGAACACAGCCGAUGGUCGUGGCCUACUGCCAACGCCUAACGUUAGGCCACCAGCACCGUUCAAUCCAGCACCGCAGCAUUAUCCCACACCGUGGAAUUCGACACUGUUCAAUCCGGCACUGCAUCACUAUGAUUCGUAUCCGGCACCGCAAAGUCCAGCACGACCCAUUCCAGCAGUGCGCCCCACCACUGGCAAGAUAGUGCGGGCAGUACAGACUAUUCAACAGCCACGUCUCCAAGCACAAUCUCACAGCACUUCUGUUCCAGGACGGCAGGAAGCAGACCGCAAACAGCUCCAUGCCAUGAUUGCGCCAGAAGAUGAGAAUGGCAUGAACCGUGACGUUGAGUGGACGGCUGAUCCAGAUGAUCUGAAGCACACCUGGCAACACAAUACACGCACAACUGACAACGCUGGACUUGCUACAACUACUAGCAAUGACCGUGCCACCGGAAAUGAUGAGCAGUUCAUGACAUCAUCAUCUAGCAUUAUGACAUCAUCACCCAGCACUGUGACAUCAUCAUCCUGCAAUAUGACAUCAUCAUCCAGCACCGUGACAUCAUCAUCCUGCACUGUGACGUCAUCAUCCAGCACUUUGGCGAAUGUAAUGCAUGAGAGACAGCAAAGUCAGCAAACUACUUGGCAUGAAGGCAGCACCCUUGCCUCGCCAAGAGAAACCACGCUGCACUCGGGUUCACCCAGCCCAACCGGCAACACGGCUCCAGUUCGCGCACCUGUGAAUAUUGAUAUGCAGGCUACAGGCUGUGAACCAGUAGCGGGUCGACCUCUAGUCUCUCGCCAACAUACGUCGCCAAGCCGCAACGAUUCCAGUAAGAGCAACCAGAGAUUUGAUGAUGGACCUGGCAGUAAGAAGAUAGAGACUACACAUCAUCAGAGCUACCAACACGAGCAUUCAGUUGAUAUUCUGGUACAAGCCACUGACAGCGACAUGGGCACAACACAAGGACAGGGUCACGGAACCGACGGGAUAAUUGAUGCGAGUCAGAUCAUUAGACAUGGGCAGCUCAGAUAUGGCUUUUCUACUGGAGAUCAAGGGGAGUCGGCAGCUGAGAAAGACAAUCAAUUGGGCAUGACUAAUCAGAUAUGCAGUCUAUCAAACACCAUCACCGCUGAAGUAAGUGUACCUGUACAUAUUGGCCAAGACAGGGAAGAGCCUGGCCGGUCAGUACCGUCAUCCAAUCCAGUACACGUCGAUGUAGAUGUAAGCCGUGGUGAUGUGCAGAAUGACCAUUCCAGCAAUGGCCACAUCCAUGUCAGUGCUUCACAGGGUGACGGCAAACAUCACCAUACAACUGCAUCUACAACCUGUUGCAGUCCGCACAGGAAGGACAAUGCAGCAGCGAGCUUUAAGAGCAUAGAGAUCGACACUCAGGGAAUCCCAGUUAGCCCAGCUCCAAGCAUUAGUGAGGCAGCUCACGGCACGACAGCUUCCUCAACAGCCCAGCCAGGACAGGCAAUGCAAACCAAGGCUUUCCAGCCCAGCGCUCUGAGUUCUUACAUGGAAAGUUUGAGCUGUGACGUCAGCACAAGACAAAAACGUGCGAAAAGGCGGGGUAGGAAGCAGCGAGAUCAACUGGCGGCUCUGUCAGAUUCCGUCCAGCCGACUUUACCAACCUCUCCUCCUAGCAUGUCAGCUCAGCAUCCGGACAUAGGAAGCAAAUCCGGGGACAACAUGCCACACAACACGCAUCGAAAAGAAGAAUUACCGGUAUUGGAGGUAUUUGGCGAAGCUGAACAACUGCUAAUGCAAAAUCCAGUAUCCUCAUCACAUCUCCACCAAGCCAAAGAGCUGAAACAAGUAGCUGGCAAGAAUGGCAAAGACAAGAGUGAGAAUAAUCCAUCUGCAGAGAGUCAAAUGAUUUGCAGUCCCAUGGAUCACAAGCCGAGUAUCGAUCACAAGCCGAGUAUCGAUCAAACAAACAUUAGCAAUGAGCCGGCACUGGCAGCAGUGAGGAGUCCCGAUAGAAGGCAAGCAUCUGGAGGUCAGCAGAAAAGGGAGCGAGGAGACCGUCCCUCACAUGAUGACCGUCCCUCACACGAUGGCGUGAGUCGACGAUCAACGGUGACCGACGAAGGAGCUCACCAUCGCGAACUAGCAGUGUGCACGCAUAUCACCGAAGAGUUGCAUGUAGAAGAGGAUGAUGGUAGUGAGGAGCAAGCGCUGACUCAAGCACAGCAAGUACUGCAGAACGACAUGAGCAUAUCCUCAUCCUGUGCCAGAGCUGAGCUUGAACAACAUGCUUACACUAGAACAUACUCGCCUACUGAACAGACCUUGAAAAUACAAUACAACGUCAACACGAGCAGCACAGAAUCUCGACUGCCAAGUUCCAGCAACAGUGAAAUGAAUUCCAGUCUAAACUUGACGGAAUGUCACAUUUCACUUCGUCCAGAAAGGGGUGGUCCUGGGCAGAUGAGUGACGCUUCGCCACAUUGUGCACGUAUGCCUGGCAGUGUGGUCUUGUGCUUGAUACCGGAGCAUCGGAAAAGUGCCGCGCAUGAUCAUCACACUGUCGUGGACAGUGGAGGGAUGGCGGUUGUGAGUGAGGAGUCUGACGGAAAUGCAACGGAUGGAAGUUCUGUCGGUGGGAGUCGUAGCCAUGUAGUGCGUGCAUCACUUUGUA